AGAGGAAGGCGGAGCUUAUCUCCUCAAACCUCUGCUCCCAAAGUUGAAAGACGCAUUGCUGUUUUUUUUUUAGAUAAUGCUGUCUUCAAAUCCAGUAUUGUAUUUGGGUUUUGUGCUGCUCUUGUCAAAGCAAAAUUUCUAUGUUUUCGGACAUAAUUUUACUAAUGAAAUUUUGGAAGACUUUGAAGAAAAGGAGGAAGAGACAACCCUUACAACACCACCAGAAUUCCAGCAAGAAUCUUUGGAAAAUUCACAAAAUCAGUCUAAGAAUUUUGAAGGUUUUGUCCAACCAAAACGCUUGAUGUUUGUGGAUCAAAAUGGCACCAGCAGAGAGGAGACAGAUUCUGAAUGGAGCAUUAUUGAAGUGGACAAGUUUGAGUUGCCAAAGUUGCAAGUGCACAAAGGUCUUCACAAGGUGAUGUUAAAAUCUGAAGAGCGAGAGCCUGUUCCAGCUGACAGUGUGAAGGUGACGUGUGGAGAGGACGAGGUCACGAUAGAUGUCAAACUCAACUUUUAGGUAAAUAAAUUUAUUUUAUUUUCUACAGGAAAUGGUCAGCUGAUCCACCCUCCUGACCUCACACUGGGAGACUGCCCUCUAGUGACUGUGAGGGACAAACAUUUACAUUUUAAAUCUGCAUUGCAAAGCUGUGGCAGCACUGUGAUGCUGUCUGAAGACGCCCUGGUGUACAGUUUUUCACUAUUGUACAAACCCUCUCCCAUUAGAAAUACAUUUAUUCUGAAGACUAGCCCUGCUGAGGUCCUAAUUGAAUGCCACUAUCCCAGGAGGCAGGUCAUAAGCAGUGAAAACAUCAGACCCACCUGGUUUCCUGUGGACUUCCAUGUGUCCUCAGACCAGCAGUUCCAAUUCUCAAUGAGACUCAUGACUGAGGACUGGAGCUCGCAGAGGCCCUCUAGUGUCUUCUUUGUGAAUGAUGUCAUGCACAUUGAAGUGUCAGUGAUACAGGGAAGUCAUGUGCCGCUCCGAGUGUUUGUGGAUCAGUGUGUGGCGACUACAAAACCAAGUCCAAAUUCUGAACCAAGAUAUGAAUUUGUAAACAACCAUGGAUGUUUUAUGGAUUCUAAACUGACCAGAGCAAAGUCUUUUUUUCUGCAGAGAAUCCAAGACGACAAACUACACUUUAUAUUACAGACAUUCAGGUUCAGACAACAGCUCGGUAACUCUGUGUACAUCUCCUGCAAACUCAAAGCCACUUCUACAUCUAUCCCUAUUGACUCUGAGCACAAAGUAUGCUCCUUCUUAAAUGAGGCCAACAGGUGGGUGGCUUCAGAUGGAGAUAAUAAAGUGUGUGCGUGUUGUGAAAGCAGCUGUGAAGGAAAAAGGAAGAAGAGAAGCCACAGAGAGGAGAACUGGUUUGAAAAAGACAUGAAUCUUAAACUGUCGGAAAAUUUUCAGAGGUUUUUCAGACACAUCAGCUGUGGUACGGAUAAACUGGCGUGGUUGUCGGACGGAGGAGGACCGAGCGGGGCGUGCUUGCUGGCUAUCCCCGACUCCCGAAAAGCGACCGCAAUCCCGGGGAAGAGAUCUGGGAUUCUGCGCUUGGUUCGGAGGACUCCAGCUGGAUGUGACAAGCUGGACAUCACGUAA